AGAAGAAUUUCUAGGGUGACCUACCAGCUGCUCUCCCCAUACUGCCAGCAUUAUUGGAAUAAACGCUCAUAUAGGAUUCAACCCUGUCUCUGCUUAAUUUGGCUCAAGAGGUGACCUCAGAGUGACUACAGCAGGCUGACAUUUGGUAGCAGCCUUAUUCAGGCUUCACCCAAACUGGACGUUAGGUGAGAUUCAAUGGCUGCCUUUCCUCAAGUGACCAUAUUUUUCCUGGUAUCCUCCAUUGGGAUACUUACUGCUUUUGCAGCAAUGAAACCACAUGACUUCUCUAGAUGGCCUCCGCCCCCAUGUAAACUAUACUACCCAACGGAUCCUCUUUAUCAACUAGAUGAACCAGAAUGCCCUAAUGUGACUGCGUAUGUGUGUGCUCUAGACGGCCACACUUACCAGAAUGAGUGUUUCUUUUGUGUUGCUCGGUGGGAAUUUGGUCCUCAUAUUAAAUUUGACAAAUAUGGAAAAUGUGGUUAAUGGCUAACAGUAAAACAUUUGUUUAUUCUUUUCACUACUUAAUUCUGAAAAUCAUUUCUUUUGGAAUUUGAGGAUGUAUAAUAAAUAACCUGCCUCUUUUUUCUGCACCCAAAUUUAUAAUGAAAUUGAA